AUGGGGUUCUCAAUACUUACCGCGUCUUUGACUGCUUUUCUGAUACUUAUAUCCAUUUUACUCAUGCGUCGCCUUCUAUUCUCAACGCAGACAGACAUUCCAAUCUUCCCAGAAAUCACGAGAAUCAGCAAGGCUCUUGCAGCAGCUCUGCCUGAUAGUGUUAUUCUACCUCAAAGUAUCACUACUUUCAACAAGGCAGUGAAUGGCUACUGGGCAAAACAGGAAUGUGAAGUAAGCCCAUCAUGUAUUGUUCGUCCCCGCAAUGAUGAGGAACUUUGUAUAGCUGCUGGUGAAGAUAAAGCCGAUGGAUUGUUCGCUAUCCGCAGUGGCGGCCAUUCUUGUAUUGCUGGGGCAGCGAGUAUCGAAGGAGGUGUUCUUAUUGAUCUUAGUUGUUUCAACGAGGUCAUACCUUCUGAGGGUAAUGAUGAAUCAAGCGUGAUAAUCGGAGCCGGAUGUAGGUGGAUGGAUGUUUCGAAAGUUUUGGAUGAGAGAGGGCUGGCUGUUGUUGGUGGCAGAAAGUCUGCUGUGGGAGUUGGUGGGCUGACUUUGGGAGGCGGUUUCUCAUUCUUCUGUCCUCAAUUUGGUCUAGUAUAUUCCAACAUAAUCAGCUACGAUAUCGUUCUCGCAUCAGAAACUCUCGCCACAGCUUCCGCGACCCAGAAUUCUGAUCUCUGGCGUGCUCUCAAAGGAGGAUCUAACAAUUUCGGCAUCGUUACUCGCUUCACGGCCCGCAGUUUUCCCAGUAUCAAAAUCUGGAGCGCGUUUCUCUACAUGCCUAGUUCUCAAACGAGCAAAGUCAUCUCCGUCUUCCAUGAAGUCGUGAAUCGAGUUGAUUGGGAUCACCAUGCUGCUGGUCCUUUGGCAUGUUCUACAUAUAUACAUCCAUUAGGCGUCCAAGCUAUCUCCGUGAAUCUCGUAUACACGAAGCCGUCCGAGAAUAAAUGGCCAGAAUAUUGGAAACGAUCGCCCUUUUCAUCAACGUGGCGUUUUUGGAGUACAUGCAAAUUGCGUACAUUAACAAGUGCGACCGAUGAAAUGAAUGCUCUUAAUCCCCCUGGAAAACGCCAAGUACUCGCUACGACAACUAUCAAGAAUGAUAUCGCUACACUGACAGCUACACAUGCUGUGUAUCAGAAUGCUAUAUCUUCACUGCGGAGUGUACGCAAAGGUGACGCGAAUCCAUUGAGACUACACGAUAUUAAUGAACCUCUUGUGAUCGUAAGUUUUACAGUGAAUUGGCCCAAUGCUCGAGACGACGAAGUGGUGAAGAAAAUUACACGGCGAGCAAUCGAAGAAAUUGAACAUAGUGCGGAGAAGAAUGGGACUGGUCAUAAAUGGAAAUAUUUGAAUUACUGCGCGGAGUGGCAGAGACCAUUUGGGGGAUAUGGAGAGGAGAAUGUAAGAUUUUUGAGGGGUUUUAGUCGAGUAUAUGAUAGUGAGGGAUUGUUUCAGAGAGGUUGUGUGGGGGGAUUUGAGCAUGGAAUGCCUAUUGAUAAUGGGAUUGAGAGAUGA